UCAUUAAACUCCAGGUUGCGCUGUCGAUUCAGCCUCGUCCUGCACAAUCGAUCCCGUUGCAGGGACAACCAACAAACUGAUGUUGCUGAAACGCACACAGUGAAAACGCUGACACGAUGGAUUUUAAUGUCAAGAAACUAGCGUCGGAUGCAGGUGUCUUCUUCACUCGUGCUGUUCAGUACACAGAGGAGAAGCUUGGCCAGGCAGAAAAGACUGAGCUAGAUGGCCACUUGGAGAACCUGAUUGCUCGAGCGGACUGCACCAAAAACUGGACUGAAAAGAUCUUCAGACAGACCGAGGUGCUGCUUCAACCCAACCCAAGUGCCCGUAUUGAAGAGUUCUUCUAUGAGAAACUGGACAGAAAGAUCCCAUCCAGAACCACCAAUGCAGAGCUGCUGGGACAGUAUAUGCAGGAUGCUGCAAAGGAAUUUGGGCCAGGAACUCCAUAUGGUAGUACUUUGAUCACUGUUGGAGAGUAUCAGAGGAGAUUGGGUGGAGCAGAGCGGGAAUUCCUACAGACGUCAGCCAUCAACUUCCUCACACCUCUGAGGAACUUUCUAGAGGGUGACUGGAAAACCAUUUCCAAAGAGAGAAAGCUACUUGAGAACCGGCGUCUUGACCUGGAUGUUUGCAAAGCUCGGCUCAAGAAAGCAAAGUUAGCAGAGGCCAAGGCUGCUUGUGAGGGAGAUGCUGCGCCUGACUUUCAGGAGACUAGGCCACGCAAUUAUGUUCUGUCGGCCAGUGCAUCUGCGUGGGAUAGUGAAGUUGGCGAUUCAUCUCUGAGUGACAGAGAAAAGCUGUGGAGUGAGGAAGUGGAUAAAGUGAGUAUCAGGAGACAGAUCUGUGUGCCGGUGAACCACUUGCGCUGUCUGCAUGAGUUUGUGGAGGCCCAGGCUGCUUAUUACACACAGUGUCACAAGCACAUGCAGGAUCUUCAGAAAGAGCUGAGCAGUGCGAACGGAGAUACGUUUCCUAACGCUUUUGCUGUGAACGCCUCCACGUCAGGGGUGUCAGCAGACCCUUCUCCCCUUUCCACUGCCACCCUACCUGGGACUUCUCCACCUAGUCGUUCCCCAAACCCCUCCAAUGCCCUUGAGUCCAGCACGCUGAAGAUUGAGGAGGUGAAGCCUCCCGCCACUGGCACUCGCAAGGCCAAAGUGCUGUAUGACUAUGAUGCUGCAGAUACAAGUGAACUUUCCCUUCUCGCUGAUGAGCUUAUUACUGUGUACACGGUGCCCGGCAUGGACCCGGACUGGCUUAUUGGAGAGCGAGGCAACCAGAAAGGCAAAGUGCCUGUCACAUACCUGGAGCUCCUAAGCUAGACGCAGCCUCCUCUUCACAAAUACAGAGUCACACUGAAUUAUGCAUGAACAAGUACUCAAGCACUCAUGAACACUCAGUGAAUUUACCUGGUUUCAUUCUAUUUAGUU